ACUUUUUAGAAGAAAAAAAAUUCUGGCAAAGGAUAAUGACUAUAUUUGCAAAAAAUUAUUGUUUAUAAAUUGAUUUUUUUUUUACAGAUGCUGACCUGUAAAAUCACAUCAAGCUAAUAAUUGAUAUGGAAAAGACUGGAACAGAAACUCCGUCUAACAAACAAGAAGAAACAUGUAAAAUUGAAAUUACAGAUAGUGAAGAAAAUAGUAAAGAAAGCUGUAAUGAUGACAAUUCUAAUGCUGUCACAGACGCACCAGGUGCUAAGGAUGAUAUUGACAUUGCUGAUGAUGAGAGCAUUUUAGUCAUAGAUGUUGAACAAACAGAUCAGCUAGAAACACUGGCUAAUGUGUCUUAUCAAGCUGAUAAGCUAGAAACAUUGGCUAGUGUAUCAGCUAGUUCAAGUAUUUUGAAGACAACUCCAGGCAUGAAGAGUAACCAGCCAUCAGCAGUGACUAGCAGUUCAUCCUCCACAUCAGUUAGCCAAGUCUCUUCAUCUUCACAAUCUUCCCAAACAAGCAUUAAUGCAAAGGAAAAAACAGUUGAUAUCCCUUUGGCACCCUCAGAUAGUUUAGAUGCUAUAGAUGAAGACUGCUCUGAAUAUUUGAGAGAACCCUUCAAAAAAGGUUGGAAAAGAGAGAUAGUAUGGCGUAAUACAUCUGUAAAAAAUAAAACAUUUGAUGUUUACUACUUUCCUCCACGUGGCAAAAAACUGAGAUCUAUGGUGGAGGUUGCUGUUUAUUUGCUGGAGCAUAAAAUUGUUGAUCUCACCCUGACACAUUUUUCUUUUAAACGCCGAACUCUGUACAAACCACCAUUUGAGAUUGUACGUACCGCAGGGAAAUCGACUAAAAAAGUGGCAGAAAAACAGUUGUUGGAGAAUAACCCCGCACCCAAAAAAAGGGGUAGAAAGCCCAAGUCAUUGACUUUCAAUUCAAGUGCUGACUCAUCAAUCCCGACAGUACAUUCAGAAACAGCUGCUGUUGAAACAUCUGAACCUGUGUCUGAUGUAUCCAAUGUUUCUGCCCAGCAUUCAGAUGCUCAGCUCACAGACAAAGAAACGCCUGCUAAACCGAACACCACACCAAACACUUCCACAAUUCAACAAAAGGUUCAUCCACUUUACACUCCUGGUAAAAGAGGAAGGCCAAGAAGUGUUUUCAAAAUUAAACAACCGACUCAUCCACCUCGUAAAAGAGGAAGGCCAAGGUUAGAAGACUCAAGGCCAAAAGUAGUAGAACCAACGCCUGUAUUGGCAGAAACAAAACUUAAACUAGCAGCACCAAAGCCUAAACUAACAGACUCAACGCCCGAAGUAACCGAUUCAGUGCCAAUACAGACAGAUUUGACACCUAAGGUCAUAGAGUCAACGCCUAAAACUAAAGGUCCUACUUUUAAAAAAUCAAACAUCAAUAUAAUCAAAGCUGGUGCUGGACAGACACAGCGACAGAAACGCAAUGAUGAUGAGUAUUUUCAGAAUAUUUUGGGGGCUCCAUCUCAAGUUAUAGCAUCUUUUCUUCGACAAGAACCUGUAAAACGACAGAUGGAAGGCAGCAAUGGCCAACCUGAAGCCAAAAGACAGUGCCUAUCACAACCAUCACAAUCUGCAGAUAACUGCAUAACCAAAGAAAUAGAAACACAGACAGUCAUAAAGGAGUGUGCUGAAAAAUUGUGUUCCACACGUUGUCCAGGACUAGAAGGCAUUAUGCCACAAAGGCUAUGCAGUGUUUGCAGCUGUUUUUAUCAUUUAGAAUGUGCCAGAAAGAGCAAAAAUUUUACCAACUUUAUGUGUUUUAACUGUGCUAACAGAGCAGUGAAAACAUCAGUAUCAAAACCUCUUCUACAUCAGACAAGUAUGCCUCAAACUUCAAACCAGAUUCUGCUUCCUGUUUCCAUGCAGAAUAAUCUCCCCAUGUUCUCUGUCCCUAACCUCAUGACCUCGUUACCUUUCUAUGCCACUACAACACGACCUGGGAAUAUGCCCACCACUCUAAUAUCAACACCAGGUCCGCAUGGGACUACUGUAAGGCCCAGUUUCUUCUACAUACCAUCCUUACCCCCUCCACCACCAUUAGCUCCCAGGCCUAACUAUAACCUACCUUCAAAUGAACCAGCAAAUGAGAGACAGCAAGCACCUAUGCUACUUUUUCUACAAAAUCCUGAUGGGAAAACUUCAAAUAGCCUAUUUUCCAAUACAGCUUUGACAGUGCCAGUGACUUCUCUUCACACUGCUAAUCAGGCUUUGGCUGCACGCUCUGAGUCACCUGAAGCCUCUGCUUAUAACAACAGACUUGGUUCGCAACACAAAGAGGCACCCCGUCCAGUUUGUAGAACAACAUCUCUAGACUCGUCCAAUGACUCAGAUGACAUAGACUUCUGUCCACCAGUUUCCUUUGGUAAAGCAGAUACCUCUAAUGCAGACGCACCUAGUUUUCCAGCCUGUGACACUAUUCGCUUGAUUUUAAAAAAUUCAAUUCUGUCAAAAGGUAAUGACCAGGCAAAAAAUCAGGGUUUGUUCUCUGGGAUGGAACCAUUACCUUGCUCUAGCUCUGAAUCUUCUGUGGGUUUAAGAUCAUUCCCCAUUAGAAAUGCUGUAAAUAAUGGAUCUCCUAUGGCCUGCAAUGACUCUGUAAGACAGUUGAAAAACUCGGAUUGUUCUGUUGAUGUUGUGACUCCAGAAUCAACGGCUAGCAGCGGGUUGUCCCCCUCAACUUCAAUGCCUAAUUCUGUUUCAUCCUUCAAGAUACUGAGGCAGGAGAUUCAGGAUAAAGAAGACCUGAAUAAGAUAUCAGUUUUUGAGAAAAAGUCCUCCAUCGCUCAGAUGCUGGAACUGCCUCCCAAUGUGGCAGAAACUCUAGAUCUGACCAAACCUUUGGCAUUAAAGAUAAACCAAGUUGAACUUGUUGUGCCCCCAGCUUGGGUGAAAGACUAUAAGAUCAUCCUGCCACCUCGAGCUUGUGAACUCCCAAGAAAUCCUUCGUGUGAAUUGAAUAUUUUUGUAUCUAAUGACUUGAACACACUUUCUUUUUCCAAAAAUCUUGAAUCCAACAAACAAUUUCAAGCAAUAGUUCGCAAGAGACAACAGAAAUCAUUCCUAAGGUCAUUUAAAAUGCUGCAGUCAAGUUUUACUAUCAUGAUGAGGGUAUUUAGAUAUUUGCCCUUUCAAGAUCUUCUCAGAGCAAGUAGAGUUUGUAAACUUUGGAGAACAUUUGCUUUACAACCAGCUUUAUGGAAAUUCACCUAUUUAAAUGAAACCUAUGAUGCGAUUUGUGUGAAGGACUGGAAGGCAGCUUCGGAAUUUCUCAACAGGAUGGGAGUCAAAAAAUUAAGUAUCAAAGGAUUAGACACAAAUGAACUGGAUGCUAGUGAUGGUUGGACUGUAAUACAAGAAGCUCUCCCUAUCAUCAAAACAUUGGAUCAGUUGUACUUUGAGCGUGCUCCUGCAUCUGUCUUGGACAGGCUUACAGAGAAGAUGCCUAACUUGUUCCACCUGACUGCUGGUGUGAUCAUAAACAGCAGGGAUAAUGUAACUAAAAAAUCAGCUCCUGAGGCGUCAGAGAAAUCAAUUGAAAACAUGACUCUGGCAGUGGAUGCUGUGUUAGCUGGUUCUCUGACAACUCAGGUAGCCUCAAUGCUUUAUAAAGUGUCAGAGCUGGACCUUAUCCAAUUGACUCGCCAAAAACAAGGGUUUGAACUCACAGAGGAAGAGAAGAGAGCUGUGUGCUUGUGUUGUUUACGUCUGAGCAGCAUGGGCUUCAAUGUGACCAGCUCCACCUUUAUUUCUAAAUGCCAUGAAAUGAUAGCCAGGAGGUUCACAGGCAAGAGAUCAAACAACUGCCCCAUUCUAAUCCCUGACAGCUUUGGCAAGGAAAUGUACAACCAAAACGCACCUCUGUUGGCCACACAUGUUUUGUUCAAGAGCACAGACACUCUGAGGGACAGCCUAGUCAAACAUUUCUCAUCCCUCCAGAGGCUGUAUCAGAGCUUGUGGAUUCGCCUCAAUCCUUUAGCUGACCAAGUAUUGACUUUUGAUGUCUCUGUUUUUAAAAUAAAAACCGUUGGCCCGAUGGUGUCCAAAAAAUUGAAAACUGCUGUCAGCACGUUGUCGCUGUUUUCAUUUUUUCAACUCUUUCCAGUUCAGGUAGUUUUACCUGCAGGAGAGACACCACAGGUGUUCCAUCCUGACCUGAUCAUGUCACAGACUAAAGACGGCUUUGCUUCAGAUCAUCUGGUCACCCAGUAUUUAAAAUGUGCUGUCAAAAAAAUUACAUACAGACCAUUGGUUAUUCUAUCUAAUGGAAGUGAUGAGCUUUUCAGUGAAAGUUUCAUUAAUGAUUGUAUUGAAAACUCCAUUUAUUUAUUUCAUGUGCCCUCAAAUGUUGAACAGUAUGUUUUUCCUGGUAGUUUUGGGGGUAUUCUCAAAUUUAUAAAGGGUCAAUAUAAAACUGAUUUCUCAGAUCCAAAAAGGUUUGUCAACUUAGCUAUAAAAGUCUUAACUGCCAACAAAGGCCAGUUUUAUGAAAGUUUGAAGCUUGCCAUGAAGAUCAGUGGCGCAUACCCUUUCAACCCACAAGCACCCAGCAAGUUUCAGAAGUUAAAUCUGGAAAAGCCUGUGGGUCAGCAGACGGAGGCAGCCAUGAGUAGCUGGACUUUUGAUGAUGUCAGCAGUCAGAUGAACAAGAUCAUCACAGAUGACCUGUAUGGGCCCAGCAGUGCCAGCACACCCACUGUGGGCGCAACAAAUAUCAAAGACAUAUUUCUGGAGAUCAGUGAGACUAGUGGUUCAGAGAGUGAGGCUGAGGUUCCAGUUGCCAAGAAAACUCUCAGUUCUCAAGCAAGCAAUAAUAGUAAGGUAGACAGCUUGAAGACUGUCCAACCUGGCAUGGGAUCUGUUGGGGUCCAAUUAAUUGAGGACAGUGACUCAGACACCUCUGAAAGCAUCUCACCUGGUCUGACACCUGUUGAGGUUACCCCUCCUAGCCAGACACCUGUUGUUCCUAAACAAAUUAACAAUGGUAAAAUAGAAAACUUGAAGAACACUCUAGCUAGCCAGAAAUCUAUGGGUACUAAAAAUGAGAAGAGUAAACCAGACAAUGAGUGUGUACCAGCUGGGAAGAAAUCUGUUGGUCAGUCUGAUGAGGAAACAUUUGAACAAGAUGGGGACAUGAGAGAAAACAACAAUGUCUUGAAACGUUUGGCCAAGCAGAGGGUAGCAGAGAAGCUGGUGCUGCUAUCUAAGAAACGACUGUUGAGAAAGGGUAUGAAGGUCACCGCGCUAAAACGGCCUGUGAAAAAACAAGCCAAUUGCGUUGACACCAAAAGUAAACAAAGUCAACCGGUUAAAGAUGAAUCCAAGACUGGGGCAACUCUAAAUGUUAACAAGAAGAGUAAGAAAAGCACUGAGCAGAAGAUGUUUGAGUUGUAUCAGUCAGCUAGGAGCCGGCAAACUACAGGCAGCAAUGAGGAGACUGCCCAGAGUGUAGACAGUACUGUCAUGCAGAAUUUGGAGGACACCAUCAGUUCUGUCAUAGCCCAGAGCAGGGCAGAAUUUAAUGAGAAGGCCCAGAAGGCGCAAGCUAAGAAAAAACCUGACAAAAGUCAAAAACCUUCAACUGAUGGUCAUGAUCACAUUGAGGUCAAGGCCAUUAAUGAUACAAGUAUUAUACUAAAGGCACGCAAACUGAAAAAACCUGUGGCCAAAGAGGUGGAUGAAAGUGAGGAGGAAGAGGCAGUCGAGAGCAUGGAUGAAUCAGAAAGUGAAUCCCAGCCACAGAAAAAGAAGAAGAAUAAGAAGAAGAAAAGAAAAUCAGAGUUGGUUGAGAAACAAAAUGGUCAUGUGGAUUCUGAGAGUGCUGGGGAGGCUGAGAGUCCAGUUAAAAACAAGAAAAAGAAGAAGAAGAAGCACAAGAAAAAGUCAAAAAACAAGGAGUCCGAGUCUGUGGUGGAGCCGGGGAAAGAGAAUGUUAUCACUGAGUAUUUGAACCAUGACGUUGAGAUCACCAUCCCCACCAGCAGUGUUGUUGUCUUAACUGAGGACCAGGAGAGGCAACACUUGUCUUAUGUUUCUUUGUUAGAUCACGACUACAUCAAAAGAAGCGACAGCAUCGUUCCCCUAGAGCCACCAUCCAAAACACCCAGCCUGACUGACGUUGCGUCCCAAGAGAAGGCCAGUACUGAGAAUGAGAAAAGUAAAGAGAAGGGUGAGGACCAGAGCUCAGACAGCAGCAGUGAGGAGAAAAGUUCCAGUGACUCUGACAGUGACAGCAGUGAGAGUGACAGCAGCGACUCUAGUGACAGCAGUGAGAGCGCAUCCUCCAGCGCCAAAAGCAGCGACAGUGACAGCAACUCGGAGGCCAGUGAGAGUGAGGCUAGCAGCAAAGACGGCAGCGAUGAAGAAACUAGUCCUGCCAGCAGCCCGGCCAAACCCUCCAGGUCUGGAAAAAGGAAACGGUCCAGCAGUUCGGAGAGUUCCAGCUCAGAGGAGCCUGCCUCGGGAGACAGUGAGAAGGAAUCUGAACUGGAAGAAGAUGACGAUUCAAAAUGUCAAAUGUGCAUGCGGGCUGCCCCGCCGCACUUUAAAGAUAAGACCAUUGAUUGGGUGGACUGUGAUGGCAACUGUGGUCGCUGGUUUCAUGUCAUAUGUAUCAUCAGGUCUCAGUCCAAAGCUGACCCUAAGCAUUAUGUUUGUCCGUCAUGUAAAUAUGACCACUGAUUGGGGUCUAAAAUGGGCGGGUUGAUAUAGGACAGGUCCUUGUGUGGACCUCACAGCUGCUGCUGUUUACAAUACUCACAUUGUGGCUCCUAUGGUGGCCUAUAGAUGGGCUGCUGACUGCUGGACAAGACUGUCUUCAGACUACCACUACUGGUAUGAUCAAGAUAUAGACAGAACUCAUCAAAACAGCAGCUAAAUAAUCAAGAAACAAACACUUUGUAAAGUGUGUCUAAGCUUGCUGACUAGACUUUGCAUCUGAGAAUAAUGGAUGUAUUUGUAGAAUACAUAGGAUUACAAAUGUAAAGUUGGAUCUGAAUUUUUUUUUAAACCUUGUGUUUUACUGUCUCUAUAAGUCAAACAACCUAUAGACAAGUCUUCAAAGCUCCAGCUUAUUUCACCUUUGGUGCCAAUCUGGAAAUUACAUGAACAUAUGUAAAUUUUAUGAAAAUAGGAUUGGAAAUUUUGUAUCUUCUUUUGUAUUUGUUAAUGUCAGCAAGUUUUCAAAGUGUAAUGAAUAUGUCUGAAGGAUAAUGUUUUUAAUGCUAUCAUUAACUAGAUCUUAAGUGUGCUACUUAUCUGGACAAAAGCUUUUGUUUCAAUUGUAAAAAUGGUGAUUCUUUUUCUUAAUUAUUGACAUUUUAAAUCUAGUAAUCUGACCUGUUAUUUUUAUCUUAAAAUAUCCAUAAAUAUAAUUAGUUACAUCUUGAUAAUUAGAUGCUUUGUUUUCCAAGGAUUGUAUGAGAAAGCUAUUUGACUACUGCAAAAAAAUGGUGGUUUUUUUCUGUCAGCUUUUGUUAAGAGGUAAUUUUUAUUUGUGAGAAACUGAGCAACUUUUGUACAUUUCUGUAUAUAAUUUACAAAGACAUUUUUAAUUAGAAAGAUUUGAAGAUUCUUAAUCCCUUGUAAAUUACCCAGUGUCAAAAAUAGAUCAUGUCUAAAGAGGGGAAUUUUUUUAAACAGAAGAAAUGCUACAUUUAUGGAACAAAUGUAUUGUGAAAAAAAUUAAAACAUUUUUUUUUUAUCAUCCUGUAUUUAAACUCAAGUACACUAAUAAUAAGAAAAUGCUGAAAUUUUCAAACUUUUUUUUUUAUUGAUUUUUAUAGAUCAAAUGAAAAAUGUGUUUAUUAAAAUCACCAAAAUGUAUGAAUCAUUUUUUGUAAAUUACAAUCAUUACUGUGUUUUCAUUUGAAAGAAUUUUGUCAUUAUAUCUUCAGUUGUUGGAAAUAUUUUCAGUCACAUCUACAAAUUAGCAGCUUUUCCCACUUCUAGUAUGAGUGCAUGCAAGGACUUUAUAUGUGAACACUUUUCUAUUGAGUAAAAAAUUAACUUAUUGUGAUAAAAUUUAGCAUUUUUAAACCAUUUCAUACAUAAAUGUAUCCACUUUGUUGACCUUUUUCUGUUGAAAAAAUACUGAGCCUGUACAUAGAUGAAAUGAGUUUUUCAACCUUGUUGACAUGAGACAUUGCCAUAAUAAAACAUGUUUGACACACAC